CUUGCUCUUAUUGAGUUUUGUAAUAUUAUUUUAGAUAGAGACAUUUAAACCACAAGAAAAACAUGCCGUGCUUCUUAUAGACGAAAUGUCUAUCAAACCUGGUCUACAAUAUGAUAAUAGUAUUAGCGCAAUUCUUGGUCGACCAACGAUGAAACUGUCGAGUGGAGCGGAUGCUUGCAAUCAGCUAGCUACACACUCUCUUGUAUUUAUGUUAUGCGGCAUUUCCACGAAGUGGAAACAAACGAUUGGUUAUGAAUACACAGCAAAUUCAUUUUGCCCAGAAGAAAUGGUGAGGAAAAUUAUGACCAUUGUUGAAAAAGCACAUGCUAACGGAAUAAUAAUUAAAGUAGUACUAUCGGACAUGGGAUCGCAAAAUAGGAGUUGGUGGAGACUUCUUAAUAUUACAGCGAAUAAAUAUAGCAAGAUCCAAAAUUACAUUCAACAUCCAUGUAAUAAUGAGGAUAAACUGUUCAUUAUGGCAGAUUCUGUUCAUGUGUUUAAAAAUGUUGCGUGUUCAUUAACUGCAGGUAAUACAUUUUAUUUAUCAGACACACUAGUAGAAAAGUAUAAUUUACCACACAAGGAAAUCUCCAUCACACCUAUUCGCGAUGUAUAUCAAUUCGAUCAAAAGGAUACUUUAAAACUGUGUCCACGUUUACAUGAAAAGGCCAUAAAUCCUUCCCACUUUGAUAAAAUGAAUGUUGCUCUAAGUGUAGGAUUAUUGAAUAACAAUGUUGCUGCAGCUAUAUUAUAUCAUAUUGAUAGGAAAAAUAUUGAUUAUAAGCAUAAAAGUACUGCGUGGUUUCUUAGUACAAUACAUAAAUGGUUUACAAUCAUGACUAGUCGUUAUGAGAAGCUUGCACUGUCUCAUAACAAUGAAAAAAUAUAUAUAGAGACUAUCAUGUUUCUAAAAGAAUUUAUAGAGAUAGUUAGUGGAAUAACAAUUGGAAAUGGAACAUGGAAACCAUUCCAAAGCGGAUUGAUACUUUGUACACAAACUGUUCUUGAUAUACAGGGUGAAUAUCUUGAUAAGCAGAAUUUUAAGUAUUUAUUAGUAGGACGAUUUACACAAGAUGCGUUAGAAAAUUUAUUCUCGACAAUACGCGGACGAAACUCUGUACCAGAUGCACGAGAAUUUAAGCAGGCAUUACGUCUUAUUUCUUUAUCACAAUUUCAAACCACUAAAAAUAGCAAUUAUUCUACUGUCGAUGCUGAUUAUCUUAUACAAUACUGCAAAGAAAUUAAACAGUUGGAACGUACAAAUAUCUCUGGAGACAUACAAU